AUGGAAAAUAAGGAUGGUAACCCAAAAGAAGCAAAGGAUUAUUAUUCUAGAUCAAUAUGGUGGUCAGAAACAGCACAAGCAUUUGAAGAUCAUAAAAUAUAUGACACAAAUGGAACUUAUAGCUUCCAAGAAAUUAUGACUCCAGACAUUUCUGAAAAUUUUGGAGAACUCAAAAGUUUAACUAGUAACAAUAGAAACAAAGUUAAUGAAAUAGUACCAGAUGACGGUAGCGAAGAAAACGGCGAAUUUGUUGUUCCUUAUUCUAUACAAAUAUUGUCAACAGAAAUUGUGGAAAUUGUUGAGGAUGGAAAGAGUAUAACAAUCAACAAAGAUAGAAGAGUUGAUGAUCUUUAUGUUGCUGUUGGAGAAGAUGAUUUGGAUGUUGUUAAAUGGGCUCUUGAUCAUGCUGUUUCUCCUGGUUCUAGGAUUUUUCUUGUCCAUGUUUCUCCUCCAAUAACGUUGAUUCCUACACCAGUUGGGAUGCUUGAAAGAAACCAACUUACCCCACAACAAGUAAGGCGUUACCUAAAUGAAGUCAACAAUAAGAGGAAAGAUCUUUUGCAGCAGUAUAUCCAGUUGAUUACUGAAGCAAAGGUAACUGCAGAAACGUUGAUUCUAGAGAGCAAGUUCAAAGGAAAAGCCAUUUUGGAUCUCAUCUCUAUUCUUAACAUAACCAACCUUGUAUUAGGAAUCAAGAAGCUACCCUGCAGAAGGCCCAAUGAUAAAUUGAGUGAAGGAGUGUUCGUAAAGAAAAAUGCACCAAAGACAUGUGAUGUUACCUUGAUUUACAAUGGUGAGGUGUUUAUGUCUGAUACAUUUGUGGGUCAACAAAAGCAAUCCUACUGUUUAUUUUCACAAAAUAAAGAUCAUUCAAAACGCAAAUUAUUUCAGUGUAUCUGCUUUUCAGGAUGCGUGAAAGAUGACAAGGAUAAUUAA